AUGUUUUUGGAGUUUUUGUUGGUCUCAGCCUUAUUCAUAGCUGCAACUACAUCUCAAAUUCAUGAUGGAUUUGUAACCUGUGGGUCAGUUAUGAAGCUAAAGAAUAAUCAGAAAGGUGUUCGUCUACAUUCACAUGACAUAAAAUACGGAUCUGGUAGUGGCCAGCAAUCAGUAACUGCCGUACAAGAUGGAGAUGACGUGAAUUCUCAUUGGCAAAUUCUUGCCUCAAUGAAAGGAACUUGCAAGCGAGGAGAACCAGUGAAAUGUGGUAGUAAAAUACGUUUAAAACAUUUGACGACUGGUUGCCAUCUUCAUAGUCACCUAUUCGCUGCACCACUCACAAAGGAAGACCAAGAAGUAUCGUGUUUUGGAAACAAUGAAAGUGAUUCCGGUGAUAACUGGGUGGUCAUAUGUAGUAAUAAUGCAUGGCUUAGGAAGGAUGCUGUGAAGUUGAAGCAUGAAGACACUGGCAAAUUUUUGGCAAUAAGUGGCAAACAGUACGGAAGACCUAUAAAUGGGCAGUAUGAGGUGGUGGCCGUUUCUACAUCGAAAAAUGCAGCCUUAUGGAAAACCGCUGAAGGUAUUUUCAUG